AUGGAAGAUAUUAUAAAUGAAUGCAGAGUCGCUUUUAUUAUUUCUGAUGAUACUUCUCAAUGCGAAAAAUUAUGCAGGGAUUGUGACGAAUUUUUUGCUCAAUUUUCAAAGGAUGACCACUCCCCCAAUAACCAUAGGUACUCUCCAGACAUAAAAUUCGUCCCUGAUCAAAACUUCUAUCGAUGGCACCAAUUAUCUGAACAAAAAAAGCUUACAUUAUCGAAUUCUACAUCGAGUUAUCAAUCCUAUCAGUCGGAGAGUGUUGCUGAAAGUGUUCCGGACUUGGUUAAUGAGAUACCUAUUCCUUCACCAACUGUUAUUGACCGUUCCCGGAAGUCCGCUCUCACUAUUGCUCUUGAGAAAACACAAAUGAAUGGAAAAUCAAUUAAUAAAUUCACCGACUUCGCUGUGUUUGACGGUCGAUCUGCGGAUGGGAGGAGUAAUUGCGUCCCCCACUCAUCCUCUUUUACCCUUCGACCAUUCAAUGUCUGCUUUUGGAACAUAUCUGGUAUUCCUAAAACUUCCAUCUCUCUACAACCCACAGAAAGUUGUACUGUCAGAGAUUUUAUCGGCUUGGCUCUUUGGCAAUAUUUCAAUGAGAAUCCAUCUGAUAUUGCAACGUUUAAUGAAAAACCGUCCCAUCUUGAGCAGGAUGCAAAAGCCAUAAUCGAGCAGAUAAAGGUCUAUAUGAUGGAAACGUCAGAUGAAGUGGAGGAUCUGCCACCCUUCGAGCUGGGCGACUUGAUCUACAAGUACGAUUUUGAAGGAUACGCUUUGAAGGAGAAUGCUAUUGUCGUGGCCACCACUGAACCCUCCAUCGUCUUCACCGUUAAAUUCAUCUGCGAUGAAUUGGAUGUGAUACUUGAUUGGCUGCCUCAUCAAUGCACCAAGUCCCUGGCUUUUAUGUUUGUACUGCGCUGUGGAAAUCUCCGACACUACCUACCUUGGAUGUUGAAGUGUUCGGAAAAGCAUGCGGAUUUCACCUUCACUUUCCCCCUGUCAACCAACUCAGACCUUAAAACACAGGCAGAUCUCAAUCUCCCGAAUCCAACUUGUGCCAUUUUGAUUAUUUCGAAUGGCUUAGACUCGCUAGAUUCCAUCAUCGGUUCGGAAAGUGAGCUCACUCUGGCUUUCAGUAGAACUCCCCCACUCUUUUUCUUCUUGGCAUCCUUCACAACUUGCUGCAACAUAAUUGAAGAUGUCGUAAAUUCCAUCUCUACCACGCUGUAUGGUGGUAAUCGGAAGACUCGACUAGAAACUCUUCAUCUAGCCCAAGGCAUUAGCCGCGUUCACCUCCCACCGUCAGCAACUCUGGAGUGCGUUGUGAACGACGUGCUGAAUCGGCGAAUGUUGCGUCAACAUCAAGGCUACGCCUAUCGCCUAGAGGAGUGGGUCGAUCCUGACAAGAAGUCGACAGGAGGAGGAGAGGAGGCCGUGGUCGCUCGUAAACCCCUCGAUCUCUCUAUGACCAUUGCUGAGUACACCAAAAACUACGCCAGUACUCACUUUGCUCUCAUUCGAGAACACAGUACGUUCUCUUCUUUCUACUGUGUGUGUGUGUGUGUGCGUGCGUGCUUGUUUGACUAA